UCUCUCUCUCUCUCUCUUCUCUCUCCAUCUCCCUCCCAAAAAACUACUAUCAUGGCAGAAAUAGUGAGUGGAGAACAGAUGAUUGAGGCGGCUUUUAGUCUAUUUGACAAUGAUGGAGAUGGGUGCAUUACAACUGAAGAAUUGGCUACGGUUAUUAGGUCUUUGGACCAAAACCCUACUGAGGAAGAGCUUAAGGAAAUGAUUGAUGGGGUUGAUUCUGAUGGAAAUGGGACGAUAGAAUUUGCAGAAUUCUUGAAUCUCAUGGCCAGUAAAAUAAAGGAUGUUGAUGCUGAAGAGGAGCUCAAAGAAGCUUUCAAAGUGUUUGACAAGGAUCAAAAUGGCUACAUAUCAGCUGAAGAGCUUCAACACGUGAUGAUCAACCUAGGGGAAAAAUUAAGUGAUGAAGAAGCUGAGCAGAUGAUUAGGGAGGCUGAUUUGGAUGGAGAUGGACAAGUUAACUAUGAUGAAUUUGUCAAGAUGAUGAUCACCGUUUGAUAACAACUUUAAUUCUCACUUGUUAUGUUAUUUUAUACAAGUUACUUAAUUGUUAACUUGUUUAUUUCAUAAAAACUCAGGUCAUUGUAUGGCAACCAUUGCUGAAUAGAUUUAUUUGUAAUUGUAUUUUUUUAGCUUCUAAGGUCAAAUGGAAAAUUGUACUGCAUUGUGAAAUUGUUAUAUUUUAUUACAGUUUGCC